AUGAAUAAAACAAUAAUAAUAAAUAAUGUUUCAAAAUAUAUAAAAUUUAAAAAUUAUUAUAGUUCAUCAAGUACAAUAUUAAAAAAAAAAACAAGUGAAAUUUAUAAGAUUAAAGGUUUAGAUAUAAAAGAUAGAAAAGAAUUAUAUUCAUUAAAUAAUGAUAGUAUUAAAAAGAAAUUAAAUCAACUUAAAGAUGAAACCAAUCAAUUACUAAAAGAAAGAGGUGAAGAAUUAAUGAAAGAUUUAUCGAAAACAUUAAAUUUAACAAGUGAUAAUUUAAAGUAUAAUAUUACAAAAUCACCAUUUACAUUAAGAGCUUAUUUAUUAGCAGCCAAUCAAGGUAUUUCAUUCUAUCAUCAUGAAUUAAGAAAACAAAUUAAUCCAACUGAUGAUUAUGAGAGACAAAAAAGAAAAGAUUUAGUUUAUAAAUUACAAAGUCAAGAAAUUGAUUCAUUAACAAGUGGUGGUGCUAAUAAAAAGAAAUCACCAUUUUUAGAAGACAAUAACAAUAAGAAAUCAAUGUCAAUUGAAAGAGAGAUGGAAAUUAUAAGAGAACAACAACAAGAACAACAACAUUUCGAUCAACAAAUGUCAAAUAGUACAAAAUGGGAAAUGAGUCAAUUAGAGAUUCAACCAAGAAUUGAUACAUUUAGACAAGAUGAAUUAUUCGUUUCAUUUAAUCCAUAUGAAUCAAUGUCAACCAAUAGUCAAUCAUAUCAAUUGGUUAGUAGAUUAUCUAAAUUCGUUUGGAAUAAAGAACUAACCAAUUGGGAAAUGUUUUCAUCUUCAAAAUUAAAUCAAUUAAUACCACAACUUCAAUUACAUAUUUUAGAUAAAAUCAAUUUAAAUAAUGAUAAUGAUAAUGAUAAUUCAAUAAUCAUUAAUCAAUUUUUAGAAUCAAUUAAAUUCAUUUCAAAUGAAAUUAAUUCAACAGAUUUAAAUAUUUUUAAAACUUUAAAUAGUAGUAAUAAUAAUAAUAACUCAUCAGAAAAUAUUAUUGAAGUUGAAAAUGGUGGAGAUUUUAAAAAGAUUAUUAAUAAUUCAAUAGUUGAUAGUCUUAUCUAUAUGAAAGGUCAUCAUUUUAGAAUUACAUCUGAUCCAUUUAUAUUAUUCUUUCAACAAUUAAAAGAGAAUCAAGAUUAUUUCACAUCAAAUGAAGAUUAUAAACAAUUUUUAGAGAAAUUAUUAGAUACUUUAUUAUUUGAAACCAUUGAAUUUGAUCCAACAUCGACAACAACCAUUAAUGGUAAUCGUCAAUUUGAAUAUAAAUUAAAAUUGGAUUUAUUACAACGUGAAGCAUUUAGACAAUUUAAAGUUUAUCAAGUUUUUAAUACAUCACCUGAUGCAAAACGUCAUGAAGAAUCUGAUUUAAGAAAAUUAGCACAUUUAUGUAAAACUUUACAAAAACGUUCAACAUCUGAUUUCAUUCAAGAAUCUAAAAAAUAUUUAUCACCACAAAUUCUUUCAAAUGGUUUAUUAAAUUCAAAUAAAUUAUUAGUAGCCACUAGUAGUAGUAAUGAAUUAAAUCAAUCAAAAACUUCAAUCUCUAUUUCACAAUUAACUGAUGGUUUACAUUCAUGUAUACCUGCGACAAUGUCUUUAUUAGAAUUUUCAAUUAAAAAUUCUUCAAAAGAUAAUAUUUUAUUCGAUACUUUUGAUGGGAAAUUAAAAAAUAUUAAUAGCUUAGAUGAUUUAAUUACUAAAUUUGCAAAUUCAAAAUAUAUUUAUUUAAGAGAAUCAUUAUCACAAAGAUUUUCAAUGUUUAUUCAAUCUUCUAAUAAUACUACUGAUAAUAAUACCACCACUGAUACUAAUGAUAAUGAUAUUAUAAUUGGUUUAAAUAAUCCAAUUUAUAAAUUAUUAAUUGAUUUAGAAGAUAAAGUAUUAGAAUUAAGUCAAAAUAAUUUUGAAGAGAAUCCAAUAGAGAAUUGGAUUGGUUGUUUAUCAAUUGAAUUAGGUGAUGAAGAUGAUAAUAUAGAAUAUAAGGAUACCGAUCAAUUCAAUGUUAUUGCAUCUCAAAAUUUUAAUUUAGUUAGAAUUAAUAAUCAAAUGUUAGCUCAACUUCAUAAAACAUUUUCAGAGGAUUUGGAUUUCCAAAUCGAGGAAUUAGAAUUAAUGAUAAAGAAUAAAAAAAUUUUAGAAAGGGAAAUUAAAGCUCAUAAUGAAAAAAUUUCAAAAAUAAUUAAAGAUUCUAGAGAUUCAACUACUCCAACUUUUUAUUUCAUUGGUAUUCAAGAUGAUCAAGUUUACACUUUAGAAAUUCCAAAUGAAUGGGAACCAGUUUGGAAUUUAUUAAAAUCUUAUCCAAAUGGUUUAUUAUUAAAAGAUUUUAUUGACAAACAAACUUUUGUUACUAAAGAAGCAUUUUUAUCAACUUUAACUGAUUUAAAUAAAUAUGGUGUUGUUGGAUUAUUCCCUAAAAAUUAA